AUGGGACCGACACCUUCCAGACGAAUCCAGUCACUUUCAAAAACAUCCGAGACGCUUACAAAACCGUACGAGAUACUUGGAGGAAAAAAAUCUGAUACAGAUUAUCAAUUACGUCUAGGACACCGUACACGAAUUCAUGAAUACAAACAAUAUCGACUUCAAAACCCAGAAAAUCGUAAAAUUGUCGUUGAAAUAUUUCGAAUUGUUUUUUGUGCAUAUGAAACAUUAUCUGAUCAUGAUAAACGUCACAAAUAUGAUCAAAAUGAAGAAUGGAUAAAAGAUGUGCCUUUAGAAAAAUAUACAUAA